GCAGGGGGGAGAACCCUGAGCCCCACUCGUCGGUCCAGUCUGCCUGGUCCGGGUCUCCGGAGAUUUGAAGGUCAAGAGGGGACGUAGCAACAUGGACGCUGAAGCCCAGCAGGAGCCAGGACCCCCAAAUGGACCCCCACAGCAUUUCUGAGAGGAAAGCGAAGGAUCAAUGUUGGUUUCCUGCUACGCUCCUGAGUGCCUGAAGUCAUCGGAAAGAAUGAGCAACAAGCCGGACAGCGCCCCCCCCCGUCCCAAACAAAGUGGAUCUAACGAGGAGCAGCUUGUCUGCAAGGAAAGUUCUCGUACGUUUGGGCAAUUCUUGCCUCUAAAGACUGAAAUGUCUCUUUUCUUUGGUCAUGGAAGCGUAAAUCCUACAGCAUACUGACGAUACUUUAUUUCUGAACAUAUUUGUUUUGCUUUUCAUGUAAUUGUUUUUGUCUCUCACGGCGUCCAUAAAAAUGACAAGCACAUACGUCAUGACACAUGACUUUGCUCGUUUGUGAUACAGUGACAUCUGGCGGUGAAACCGUAAAACUGCAACCUGGUCAUAUGAAGCGGUGACAUCCAGCGGUGAAGCCGUGAAACUGCAUCCAUCCGGAUUUAUUUUUAGUUUUUUGAACAAAAGACAAGCGUACAAAUGAGGUAAACAAAAAAAGCAUAUUUAGUAGCGUUUCCUGUUUUGUUUUCUGUGCGCAUGCGCGACCUCCCAAAAGGCCGGUCCCUCUUCCACGAAGCUCCUCCCCCGCCCCCUCCCAGGCCGCCGCCACCCGGCUCUGUUGGACUGGACCGGAGCGAAUCGAUCGGCUUCAAGCAUCCGCUGCUGGUUCUUCCUCGUCCUCGCCCAGGGUUCGGGUGUCCGGUCCAAGCAUGGCCUCCGACGGCAUGGACGAACGAUCCCCGUUGCUGUCCACCCCCAACUCGGAGACCCCCGGCGCGCCUCCGUACCUGCAGGAUCCCAGCCCCCGAGCCGAGCUCCCGCCUCCCUACACGGCCAUCGCCAGCCCGGACGCGGGCGGCGUGCCGGUCAUCAACUGCCGGGUGUGCCAGUCGCUCAUCCAUCUGGACGGAAAGCUGCACCAGCACGUGGUGAAGUGCACGCUCUGCAACGAGGCCACGCCCAUCAAGAACCCGCCCACGGGGAAGAAGUACGUGCGGUGUCCCUGCAACUGCCUGCUCAUCUGCAAAGACACGUCCAGGAGGAUAGGAUGUCCUCGACCCAACUGCAGACGCAUCAUCAACCUCAGCCCGGUGAUGGUCGUUCCUGAGGAGCAGCCCGCUCAGCCCGCCCUGCCCAUCCAGCCUGAGGGGAUGCGGGUGGUCUGUGGUCACUGCGGCAACACCUUCCUGUGGAUGGAGCUACGCUUCAACACGUUAGCCAAGUGCCCCCACUGCAAAAAAAUCUCGUCGGUGGGCAGUGCGCUCCCUAGGAGGCGCUGUUGUGCUUACAUCACCGUAGGAAUGAUCUGCGUCUUCAUUGGCGUGGGCCUAACUGUUGGUACGCGGGACUUUGCGCGGCGCUACAACGCCACCUACGUGUCGUGGGCCUUUGCGUACCUGCUGGGUCUCAUCUGCCUGGUCCGGGCCUGCUACUGGGGGGCCAUCAAGGUCAGCUACCCGGAGAACAGCUUUGCUUAACGCCCCUCCUCCCCUCACCUCACCGGUGUCCAAAUGUCCUCUUGGACCCGGCAAGGAGCUUCUUUUGGGUCAGUCCGUCCUACGAAACCACGGUUAGCAUCUUUUUGUAAGGUCAAACAUGGCGGCUGCAGCGAGACGUCUGAUUGGAUGUUGCACUCCUUGGCUUCCUGACCAAAGCGAGACCAACUUUAUUGCUGCUAAUUCCCUCCAUUCUGAUGCAGUACUUCACAGGGGGGAGGGUGGGUCUGCAUACACAGCAGUGAAAAGAUGGGGUCAUCAAUAUGAUGAAUAUAUCAACACGUAUACACGAUGAUGAAAACAUCUUAGCUUUGUCUUCUGCAGUAGGUGAUGAACAUUAAUACCUGAUCAUAGUUUGCCACAGGACUGCAAUCUACUGGUGGUGGUGUGUUGGGGAGGUUGAUGUAAUGACAUCAUCUAAUUUGCAUAAUUGUCUAUGAUGCAUUUGCAUGUAGAUGCUGGAGGAGAGGAAUAACGCUGUGGGACAGUGAGUGUGUGAAAAGCAAGAGAAAUAUGUUCUUUCCACUGCUUCUUUUUGUCUUUUUUUCAUGUCACAAACAAGACGGAGCUGCCACAGCGAGCACCAAAUUCAUGUAUUUUGACAAUAUUCCAAGUGACAAUAAAAAAAACAAACAGCUGUGGUCCCCAAGUGGCCCCUGGACCUCACUUUGGACCACCCCUCCUAUGAACACUGACACCCCAUAACAACUAAACGUCUACUCUGACCCCACCUCCUAAAAUGACUAACAUGUACGCUGAUGACCCCCUCCUAUAACAGUACCCCACCUCCUAAAAUGACUGUGUACAUUCCCCCCCCCCCCCCCACCCACACACACACACACACAAGGACAAACAUGUACUCUGAAACCCACCCAUUACGAUUUUGUACUCUGACACCCCUCCUAUAACAGUACCCUACCUCCCAUUACGACUAACGUGUACACUGAACCCCAUCCUAUAAGGACUAACAUGUACACCGAUGCCCCCUCCCAUAACGACUAACGUGUACACUGAACCCCAUCUCAUAAUGACUAACAUGUACGCUGAUGCCCCCCCUCCCAUAACAACUGACGUGUACACUGGCCUACCUCCCAUAACGACUAACGUGUACACUGAACCCCAUCCCAUAACGACUAAGUUGUACACUGAUGCCCCCCCUCCCGUAACGACUAACGUGUACACUGAACCCCAUCCCAUAAUGACUAACAUGUACACUGUUCCCCCUUCUAUAACAACUAACAUGUACACUGAACCCUCGUCCCAUAACGACUAACUUGUACACUGAUGCCCCCCCUCCCAUAACGACUAACGUGUACAAUGCCCCCAUAAUGACUAACAUGUACACUGAUGCCCUCCCCUCCCAUAACAACUAACAUGUACACUGAACCCCCCUCCCAUAAUGACUAACAUGUACACUGAUGCCCCCCAAUAACGACUAACGUGUACAAUGCCCCCCAUAAUGACUAACAUGUACACAGAAGCCCCCUCCCACAACGACUGUGUUCUCAAAGCAUCCCCCAUAAUGACUAAGAUGUACACUGAACCCCCUCCCAUAAUGACUAACAUGCACACUGAUGCCCCCCCAUAACGACUAACGUGUACACUGACCCCUCUCCUAGAACAACUAACAACUGUGCUCAGACCACGUCCCCCCCCCCCCCCCCCCCCACAACGACUAACGCGCCAACAAGCAACAGGAGCUUUAUGAUUUUUAAUGACCGAAUUGACGACAGCAAUAAUAAUAAUAAUCAUAAUAACCAAUGAUAAUCCCCCCUGCUGCUGUAUGCAUGUUUACACUGGUUUGUGUUGGAUGACUGUUUGUUUUUUAAAGAAUGUAAACCUUCAGCUUUGCUCUGACCUUGGGCCGUACGCUAGCGGAUGGUGAUCAUGUGACACAAUAAUACAUGCUUUGUACAUACUGUACUUCAUGAAGACAUGCGUGGAGGGCAAAGGUUUUUCCAAAUGAUAAUUUAUCAAUAAAAAAGACAAGUGAAUCAUGUUUUUAUUUGAUGGUAUAUUCUACUCUUUAUUCAACAUAAAUACACACCUCUAUGGCAUAAAUACACAAAUGC